GUGGCUUUACCCCAAAGAAAUCUCUGUGUUUUUCUUAAAAAAAAAAAAAGAGAAAUCUCUCUGUUGAUAUAUUCAGUUUUCUUUUGCUCUUCAAUCCAACGCCCACUUCCGUUGACCACCAUGAAGCUCAGGCUGAGAUCUCUACAAACCAAAGAGACUGUUAAAGUGGAAGUGCCCAAUGAAUGCACUCUGCAACAACUCAAAGAAACCCUUUCUCAUGCCCUCUGUUCUUCUUCUUCUUCUUUUUGUUUCUCUCUCAACAGAAAGGAGGGGCUCUCCUCGUCCUCACUCCAGGACUCUCUGCAAUCUCUCGGUAUCACCUCCGGAGACCUUAUCUAUUUCUCUCACAACCCAGAUGUGUUCUCACGUUCUCCUCAAAUGGUAGGUUCAGGCUCGGGUCAAUCUUUGCAGGAAGAGGGUCGAGCUCAACAUGGUAAUCUUCAAGCACAAUCCAUGAAUUUCAAAGAAUCUAGCACUUUUGGUCCGAAUUUGACUGGAAAACAAGAAACCCCGGAUCAAGAUUUGUCUGUAAAGGAAACGAAAUUCCUAGGAGCUAGUGCUUCAAUUGAGAAAACCCUAAUUCUGGAUUUGCCCGUAGAAGGUCAAUCUGACGCGGGUGAUGAAGUUAUUGAAGAACAACGGUCUCUUAUAUCAAAUACGCAGAUGGGAGAAACCCUAGAAACCGAAGAAUUGUCAAGUGAAGAAGGCAUGGAUAUUGAUAAUGGGUCUUUGGAUGUGGAUUUCAAGAGGAUUUCUGAGCCGUGUUUCUUGAAGAGGGUAUUGAGGGAAGAAUUGGGUGAUGAUAUUAGUGACAAUAAGCUCUUGUUUAUAGCUAUUCACGCUGUUUUCUUAGAAUCUGGUUUUGUUGGGUUUGAUUCAGUAUCUGGAUUGCGAGUUGAUCUGUUUCAUCUCCUGGAAGAGCAGUCUUCUAUGUCCUUCACUACGUCAGUUAGUUAUACUCUUCCUGAACUUUUACUUGAUGAUACUGUUACUGAAUCAGUCAUUUUGAGGUUUCAGACUUUGGGGCAUUUUGUCAAUGUCUAUGGGUCAUUGGCCAAGAAUCAGUGCCUGUAUAGAUCGUGCUUGAAUAAAUCUAGAUUUGUGCCAUCUAUUGGUUGCCUCUUGGUAAAUUGUGACAAGGGUGAUAGGAUGAAUGAGAAUGAUGGAUCUUCUAGGUAUUACCCUGAAAAUGAAGUUUUUGAGCUUUGGAAAAUUGUGAAGGAUCAGCUUGCUUUGCCACUGUUGAUAGAUCUUUGUGAAAAGACUGGUUUGGGUCUUCCCCCAUGCUUGGUGCGUCUUCCAGCAGACCUGAAGCUCAGGAUUUUGGAGUCACUUCCUGGUGUUGAUAUUGCAAGAAUGGCAUGUGUGAGUAAAGAGAUGCGGUAUAUGUCUUCAAACAAUGAUUUAUGGAAGAAAAAAUUUACUGAGGAAUUUGGAACUGGAGCAGGAUCACAGGGAAAGACCAAUUGGAAAGCGAGGUUUGCCUCAUCUUGGGAGCUUAAGAAGAAGCGAAAGAGGCAGCAUCUAUUUCGACGUAUACCCUUACCCUUUUAUAUUGUAUCUGAACCAGGACCUGACCCAUUCCAUGGUCCUCUUCCAAUGGUAGGUGGUGAUUAUGACCGGCUGCCUGGCCUUGGUGUUCCAUUUCCAUGUGGACAACCAGGUCUGGCAUUUCCCAGAUUUCGAACGCGGCGAAAUUUUUCCCCUAAUUGUAAUCUUGGAGGAUUCAAUGGAUAGUUUGGUAAUAUCGAGGUUUCUGUGUAUCAUGCUGCAUGCUAUAAAUUGGCUAGUUGAGGACAUGUUGGUGGUAGUUUGCACGCAUGUCCAAUGUUAAUAAUUGUACUCUUAUGUUUCACAAGAGUGAAAGGCUCCUAUAGGAGUCCUUUGGUUAUAUUUUGUAAACUGAAGUUUGUUCCAUGUUUAUAUGUUAAAGGUAUAUAUGUAUGGUUGGACUUUUACA